AUGUCUCUCAAAGCAAUUAUUUGGUCCAUUUCCCUUCUCAUAACGGGCGCUAUAGCCCUCCCGUCUAAUGUUUCCACGCUUGCGGCGGCAUAUGCUUUGCAAGAUACAUAUGACUCUAGCAACUGGCUGAGCAAGUUCGAUGUUCAGGCUAUUGGAGAUCCGACGCAUGGCUUCGUCACCUAUGUCGACCAAGGAACAGCCCAAAAUCUUGGACUGAUUCAGAACAGAGGAAACCAGGUUUACAUGGGCGUCGAUACGACUUCUCACCUUGACCCGAACGGCCCGGGACGAAAAAGCGUUCGAAUUCAAAGCAAGAAAGCCUACAACCAUGGCUUGGUCAUUGCAGACUUCGCCCACGUCCCUGGAAGCAACUGCGGAGCCUGGCCAGCUUUCUGGAUGGUCGGACCUAAUUGGCCCAACCAAGGCGAACUCGAUAUCCUCGAAGGCGUGAACUUAAACACUUACAAUCAAGUUACACUUCACACGUCCCCUGGCUGUGUUCCCAGUGUCGGUUCCGGCGGCAUGUCCGGGCAUCCCGUUGGAGACGCUGACUGCGGCGCGAACGGCGGCUUUGUGGGUUGCGGCGUCCAAUCUGGCUCUGCAACCUCCUAUGGAACGGCUUUCAAUGCGAAUGGUGGCGGUGUUUACGCUGCGCUAUGGACGUCUUCAGCUAUCAAGGUCUGGUACUUCGCGGCGAGAGAUGUACCCGCAAACAUCAAAAACGGCAACCCUGAUCCCAAUAGUUGGGGGCAACCGCAGGCGAAUUACGCAGGAUGCAAUUUUGACGCGAAAUUUUCGAAUAUGAAUAUUAUCUUCGACAUUACAUUCUGUGGUGAUUGGGCUGGCCAAGUUUGGGGCUCAUCUAGCUGUGCAAGUGUGAACCCAAGUUGCAAUGCAUAUGUUGCGCAGCAGCCCCAAUCUUUCGCAGACACCUAUUGGUUGAUUAAUUCAGUCAAGGUAUACAGUGUUUAA